AUGGCAUUCUACUGGAGAGACAACGGUGGAGGGAGCUGCGGUGAAAUGUGUGGAUACGUCGGGCUCCCAGCAUUCAGAAAUUUACCCGAUAAGCCGAGCUUUUGCUCUUUGAUUCUCACGACAACAACUCAACAAGUAACCACCAGACUGGAUGAGAGCUAUCAAAGGGAUCCUGUUCACCUGGUUUGUGAUCGUCUACAUGGCCAACUCAGGUUAUUGAGCCUCAAAAACAACUCUAGUGAUCCCGCCGUGAAGCAGAUCCUAUUGUCCAUGAAUGAGAAGAGCAGUUUUAUCAUUGAAGAUCUUGACGACCAUCAUCUUGUCAUCAAAGCCGACGAGGAAUACAGGGUGAGGAAGGAAUUGGAAACUGAGCUGGAGAAGAACACGUAUAGCAUGGAAACAUGA